AUGGCUUGGAGCUGCGUGCAGGCAGAGAUGGGCCAGAAGCGCCUAGCAGAGGAGAAAGCGAUCCAGAAGGAAUAUCGUCGACAUAUGGCCAAGUUGAGGCACAUGUCAGCACCGACCCCAAAGGCAAAUCAGAAGAAGUCCAAGCCGAUAAGGAACUCCAAGAAGGGUGUUGAAGGCAGCGGCACCGCUGUGAUCUCAGGUAUCUCUGUUCCAGGCAGCAAUGAGAGCUAUGAGCGGCUCUUCAACCCUCAAUGGGGGACGGUCCGAAGCAAACAAGGCAUCUGCGCAGCCCUGGCCUAUUUAGUGACCCAAUUCUUGGAGCUAAAGCGAUCUUCCAAAGGCGUCUUACAGGAUGGCUCUAGGCUCUCCCUGCGCUUGGCAGUCUCAUCCCUGGCACGGCAUCAUGCCUUUGACGAGCCGGAGAUGCCCAAGAAUGAGGAGGUGACUUUGCCCCUUCUUCAGCCCGAAGAUGAAGACGAAAACCAUGUUUUCCGGGGCAACGACUCGGUGGAAUUUCGCUCCGCCGCCUUGGCUUUGCUAUGUCUGUUGGAUGCAGCGCUCUCGUGGCGCCCUGCUGAUCCCCUGGGUUGGAUGGGGCAAGCAGAGGACGCGGAGGGUGCUGUCUUGGCGCGGGAGAAGGGGAUGUGCUCCUUCUCCUUCUUCGCCGGCAAGUUGCGCAAAGCUCUGAAAAAGGCCAGCGCAGGUUGUCAGAUCGCCUGGCAGCGUUUCGAGGUGCAUCUGGAUGCGGUGCGUGCACGCACAUUGCCGGAGCCAUGGCCUUGGAUCUGGGUGCUCAAUGAGGAAGCCUCGAUGCUGGUGCGCAACCGCACCAAAGUGCCCUUGAGGGUAGAGCUGCACCGGCCCAAGAGUCAGGUAGGGCCAGUCUCGCCCUUGGUGGAUGUACCUUUGCUGAAACCCUUGCUGCAGUGGCUUCUGAAGGAAAAGCCUAUCCUGGUGGCGGAAGUGAAGCCAGGGAUCGAAUGGGCCUUGCGUCCCAGGGCCAAGGAGGGUCGUGAGUUCAAGCUUCGAUUGAUGACCAAGGCUGGGGUGAUGGUUUGUGCUCGUGGCUUGCGCAGAGGGCAGGCUUUCGACUUUGAAGUUCCCAUUCCACCAGCACCUGCGCAGCUACGGGUGGCAGCACUCACCCCCACAACCCGAGUGGGUCCCGAUGUCGUGACGGUAAAGGGAAGGAUUAAGGCCACGGAUGACGCCUUCAAAGCACUGGGAAGAAAAGAUGAUGAUCGUGAGGAGCGUGGCUCCAUCGCCUCUACCGCUGCCCCGUCGACCGCAGGCACCUCGAUCACACGCCUGAGCUUCGCCAGCACCGCAUCGGUGGCGUCCACGUCGCGGGCGCAGCUGGAGGCGAAAUUGGAGGAACGGCGUCGCAAGGUGGAAGGUUUGCCCCCGGUCAAGUCAGAUGAAGACAAGGAGGACAAGGAGGAUGACGGCCAAGUGGCGGAUGAGGAUGCGGAGAACCCUGGACCUUCGGCUCUUCACCCAGUGCCUGAGGCGGAUGCGGGCCACGUUCCCCGGCUGCUGACGGCGGUGGAAGGCUUUCGCUCCUGCCUUUGCCCGAGGUGCUUGCGCAGCAUGCCGCUGCGCCGCACACGGCCACGGGCAUCCAUCUACUCAGGAGGUGUCCGAUGCGACUACUGCAAGAUUGAGUUGAUGGGUGAAGCCGAUGAAGAGGAGGACCAACAAUCUGUUGGUUUCUGUCAUUGCAAAAGCUGUUGGUUUGACCUGUGCCAACAGUGUGCGUACAAGGAGAUGAGGGAGGUAUGGUGGGGUGAGGACUAG